GUACCAACGAGGGGAAGUGCUGAAGGAACUUUGAAAGUAAAACAAGUUUAGACUUAGAAAUAUCAAAUAACAGGAAGAGAUUCGGUUUUCGGUUUUGGACGAAAUUUUUUGUGGUUAAAUUGCAAUUUUCAGCGAGUUUUUGUGCGGUUUUUCGGUAUUUCUAAUAGGCCCCUUUGCCCUCCUUAGCCCUGGGACUGAAGGUACCAUAUUUGGUUGAUCCAAAACAAAGGGUAUUUCUUCAGUUAACAUGGACGCUCAAAGGACUUUGUUCUGUUUGUUGUUCCAGAAUUUCAAGGUUUUCCUGAAUUUGUAGCAGAUUACUUAAAAUCUUGUCUCGAGAAUGAGGAGGGAGCGCAAAUCAAUGUUCAGUCUUCAUGGAUUACGUUCAACAUAGGAUUGGCUGGUAGUAUUGCGUUACAAGAUAUCGUUACCGUCGACGAUCGUCGAAGGCUUCACGAAUUGACAAGGACGUGACAAUCCGAACCGAACGCUUACAAGUGCAUCCUUUUUCCUCGAAGAGUCUUCCUUCGUAUUCAGAAAAACAGAUCGUGUAUAUAUAUACUAAUUCGAUGUUCGCCUUAACUUAAAUUUGUCGUGUAGAAUUAUUUUGCUUGUAUCAGCUGUGUAUUGUUGUUAUUCGCUCUGCGGACGUCGCAGUUAAAUCAAUGGAGUUAGCUGAAGUCAGUGUCGCUCACUUCUCUUCGUGGGUACAGACAUCUUCCGAGAGAAAACUGUACAGAGAUGACUCGAGAACUUCAAAGGGAUCCAGGAGAGGAUCUAGAAAAGCCUCUCGACAGGAUUCUAGAAAUUCUUUCACAAAAAUCUAUUCACCCAAAGCAAAAUAUUCAGAAGAGGAAUUCAGGGAUGCGCUUCAAAAAUGGCUAGAGUAUCCAGAACAUGAAGAAACGAUGACAUUGAAGAGGCUAGUUAGACAAGGUGUCCAACCAAAUCUAAGAUCUGAUCUAUGGAAGGAUGCCAGUGGUGGAGCAGACAUCAUUUUCAAUUCUCCUCACUACUAUGAAGAAAUGAUUGAUGAUAUGGGUAUCCAAGUCCCUUCUAGUAUACCUUCGACCAUUUUCAGUGGCACCAGAGAUGUUCCAGCUUAUCUUUUAUCACCUGAUGGAGAGAAAACAUGUUUAAAAAUACUCUACAUCCUCUCUCACAUGCAUCCAGAUAUCCAUUUUGCACCUGUAGUUCCUCCAUUAGCAUCAUUAUGUCUUCAUUUCAUGGAGGAAAAUCUUUGUUAUGCUUGCUUGUCUGCCUUGAUGGAUUCCAGGCGAUCCAUGUUGGACCAAAGUCAGAGAGCUUAUGCUGUUAUGGCAAAAACAUUCCAGGACUCCUUGAAGUCUUAUUUUAUGUCAUCUUAUAAACAGAUAAAAGAAUUCCUUCAGACAGCCAAAGGAGAACAGAUACCUAAGAAUACUAUUCUAGUUCCUGAUUGGCUUAUUUGGAUGUUUCAUUACAUUGAUUUUUGGACUUUGGUCUACAUCAUUGAUAGUUUUCUUGUCCAAGGGCCCAAAGUUCUUGUACGUGUAGGUUUGAUUGUCUUCAACCAGUUUGCAAAGUUCAUUGAAGAAGAAGAAGCAGUGUCAGAAAAUGGUAACUUGGAGGAACUUUUCAAGCAGUUUGCUUCUUUGAUGCCAUUGAGAGGAUACAAACUUCUUCAGACUGCCUUCAGGAUUCGAGGUCUCUCAAGAAAGCAGCUGGAUAGAUUGAAGAGUAAAAAUAUUACUUUACUGGAAAAUGGAUCACUGAUUGUACCAGAACAAACUUGGGAAACACUUAAUCAAUCCCUUACAGUGUUUGCAGUCAAAGGUUCCAGCAUAAUUUCUUCUCAAGAGUGGGAAUUACUGUCGUCGUGGUUACCUGACAGGCUGCGUAUCAAGAAACCUGUAUGCUUAUUCAAGACAGAUACUGAUGGAUACAGCAUUCGGACUCUUUACGAGAAAUGCAAGGAUGAUGAUGAGACAAUCCUGUUAGUCAAGUCAUCUGUUGGUGAGGUCUUUGGUGGUUUUGUAACUACCAGCUGGGCUGAAAGAAAUGCUGGCCGCAAGACUCUUACAUACUUUGGUACUGGGGAGAGUUUUGUAUUUAGGCUCAGUCCCAGGCCGGCUAAGUAUGCAUGGACAGGGUUACAGAAGAAGGGCCUGGGUACCACAGAUUUGUUUAUGGCUGGAGAUGACAAAAGCCUUAUGAUAGGAGGAGGGUAAGUAACAAGUAAAAUGAUUCAGCAAGGAAGUGGAAUCAUGUAACGAACAAAUUAUAAAGAAUGAAAAACACUGGAAUUCUCACAUAAUGAAGGAUGGUUGAAUUUUCAUAAGAUCUAGGGAACCAUUUUCUAGAUUCAGGCAAGUCAAGUUUUUGUUGUGGUAGCCAAAACCCUGGCAGCU